GCGGACACAAAGGAGAAGCCGUUAAACAGCGGCCGCAACGACCGAGCAGCAGGAGAGGCAGGAACCAACACCAGUGGCUGAGAGCUCCCAGGCUAAGGCAUGCCGGGAUGGCUAUCAAUUCAGGUGGAUCGCUUCUCAGAGUCACAUCCUGUACCUGAGAGAGGGAAAAGGCUGGGAAGAAUCGGGAUCCCAGGACAUCAAAGAAACAACGGAAUAAAAGCAGCCACGAUCCAGAGGGAGAUAGAGAAACAUGCAGACUCAGAAACAGAAGGAGCCAGGCAGUCGGCAGCGGGUGAACAUGGAGGGAGCGUUGACAGCCCGGGACAGAGUGGGGGUGCAGGACUUUGUCCUCCUGGACUCUUACACCAGCGAGAUGGCUUUCCUCGACAACCUUCGCAAGCGUUUCCGCGAGAACCUCAUCUACACGUACAUCGGGACAUUGCUGGUGUCUGUCAAUCCCUAUAAGGAGUUGGAAAUCUUUACCUGCAAACAAAUGGAGCUGUACCAAGGCGUGAAUUUCUUUGAGCUCCCGCCUCACAUCUACGCCAUUGCUGACAACGCCUACAGACUGAUGUGCACCGAGUACAAAAACCAUUUCAUCCUGAUCUCCGGAGAGAGUGGAGCCGGCAAGACGGAGGCUUCAAAGAAAAUUCUCCAGUAUUACGCCAUGACCUGCCCAACCACAGAGCAGCUACAGAUAGUGAGGGACCGUCUGCUUCUGUCAAACCCGGUGCUGGAAGCUUUUGGAAAUGCCAAGACUCUCCGGAAUGACAAUUCCAGCAGAUUUGGGAAGUACAUGGACAUCCAGUUCAGCUUCAUGGGAGCUCCUGUCGGAGGUCACAUCCUCAGCUAUCUGCUGGAGAAGUCCAGGGUUGCCCACCAAAACCACGGCGAGAGGAACUUUCACAUCUUCUACCAACUGUUGGAGGGAGGAGAGAACGAGUUGCUGCGUUGGCUUGGCCUGGAACGUAACGCACAUCAGUACCACUAUCUCGUCCAGGGACAAUGUGCCAAAGUGUCUUCUAUCAAUGACAAGAACGACUGGAAAACCGUCCGUAAGGCUUUCUCCGUCAUUGAUUUCAACGAAAACAACAUUGACGAUCUGUUGGGGAUUAUAGCCAGCGUGCUGCACCUGGGAAACAUCAAGUUCGAGGUAGACAACCGAGGGCACUCGCUUAUCACCAACGACACCCAGAUCAGGUGGAUCUCCAAGCUGCUCGGGGUACCUGUCACCAUCCUGCAGGAAGCUCUCACUCACAAGAGGAUUGAAACCAAAGCUGAGGAGGUUUUGAGCCCCUUAAGUGUUGAGCAAGCGUUUUGUGCUCGUGAUGCGGUGGCAAAAGCCAUAUACGGACGGACGUUCACUUGGCUGGUCAACAAGAUCAAUGUGUCGUUAGCUAACCGGGUAAGCCUGGGAGAAACAGUGAUUGGGCUGUUAGAUAUAUACGGGUUUGAAGUGUUCGACGUCAACAGCUUCGAGCAGUUCUGCAUUAAUUACUGUAAUGAGAAACUCCAACAGUUGUUGAUUGAAUUGACUCUGAAAUCUGAGCAGGAAGAAUACGAGGCUGAAGGAAUCCAGUGGGAGCCAAUACAGUACUUCAACAAUAAGAUCAUCUGCGACCUGGUGGAAGAGAGACACAGAGGCAUUAUCUCAAUCCUGGAUGAAGAAUGUUUGAGGCCGGGAGAAGCCACAGAUUUUACAUUCCUGAUGAAACUGGAAGAGAAGGAAGGGUCGCACCCUCACUUCCUCACACACAAACUGGCCGACCAGAAAACCAGGAAGACGCUGCGUCGGGCGGACUUCCGGCUCCUGCACUACGCGGGAGACGUCACUUACAGUGUGAUCGGGUUUCUGGAUAAGAACAAUGACCUGUUGUACAGAAACCUGAAAGAGGUGAUGUGUGGAUCCAGUAACCUCAUUGUUAAACAGUGCUUCUCUCUAUCCGAGCUGGAUAUUAAGAAGAGGCCUGAGACAGUAGCUACGCAGUUCAAGAACAGUCUGAUGGGCCUGAUGGACAUCCUGAUGUCAAAGGAACCUUCUUACAUCAGGUGCAUCAAGCCCAAUGAUGGCAAACAGGCAGGGCGCUUUGAUGAUGUGUUGGUGAGACAUCAGGUAAAGUACCUUGGCCUCAUGGAGCACCUUCGUGUCAGACGGGCAGGAUUUGCGUAUCGAAGAAAGUUCGAGAUUUUCUUGCAAAGGUAUAAGUCCCUGUGUCCAGACACCUGGCCCCAUUGGCAUGGACCUCCUUCAGAAGGAGUUGAAAGACUGGUGAAGUACAUCGGGUACAAGCCGGACGAAUACAAAAUGGGAAGGACAAAGAUAUUUAUUCGUUUUCCAAAGACGCUGUUUGCCACAGAAGAUGCGUUUCAAGUCAUCAAACAUGCUUUAGCUACAAAACUCCAGGCUAACUACAAGGCCUAUCACCAGCGCGGGGUAUAUCAGAAGCAAAGAAACGCUGCUAUCAAGGUUGAGACGUACUGGAGAGGGAUCCUGGCGAGACAAUAUGCAGCGAAGAGAGCCUGGGCUGUGAAAGUCAUCAAGAAGUUUAUAAAAGGUUUCAUCAAUAGAAAGCAGCCCGUCGGCCCAGAAAACGAGGACUUUUUAGCCUUCACUCGGUCCAACUACCUGCUCAAACUCCGGAGCCAGCUGCCCAAAACUGUGCUGGAUAAGUCAUGGCUUAAACCCCCCGCCAUCAUGGAGAAGAGCUCCGAGUUGCUGAAGGUGUUACACACGAGGAUGCUGGUGAGGAGGUUCUGCCGAGGCAUCAGCUCCCAGAGGAAGUUUCAGAUGCAGCAGAAGGCAGUGGCCAGCGCCAUCUUUAAGGGGAAGAAAGACGGCUACUCACUGAGCGUGGCCAGAGCCUUCAGUGACACCCGGCUCUGUGAGCAAGACGUGAACCCGAAGGCCUAUCAGCUGAUCCGGCACGAGCGACUGAGGUACGGUGUUUCCGUGGUUAAGUACGACCGGAACGGUUUCCGAGCGAGGCAGAGACAGCUGCUCCUGAUGCAGACGGCGGCCUACGUGGUGGAGGAGGCCAAGAUCAAGCAGAAGAUUGAAUACGCUACGCUCAAAGGUGUUUCUGUCAGUAACCUUAGUGACGGGGUCUUUGUUAUUCACGUCCCCUGUGACGACAACAAGCAGAAGGGCGACGUCAUUCUGCUCGACUGCGUGUUUGAGACCGUGACCAAGCUGUGCGUGGUGGCCAACAAGCAGAGCUGUGUGCGGAUUGUGCAGGGCAGCCUGAAAUUCACGAUCAAACCGGGGAGAGAGGGGACGGUUGACUUCACGUCCGGCCAAGAGUCCCAGGUCUUCAAAGGCAAAAACGGGCACCUGAUGGUGAUGGUCCCAAGAGCAAAGGUUCGGUGACCUUACACCCCCCCACUCCCCAGUCCCAACCCCCCCACCGAACUCUGAGGGCCUGUGAUGUUACCAUCACCAUGGAAUCUCAAUCAACCCAGCCGGACGAACAAGAUCUUUACCUUCACAUCCCCAACAUGGCCGUCUCCGUCCUGUACUUCUCCCACCGCCCCC